CCGCCCACCCAACUCUAGAUCCGUCGUCAUCAUCUCCUUCCUUUAACCAGGCAUCGACCACGGUUGGGUGCAAAAUUGCUGGUUGCAACGCAACGUUCCACACGCGGAAGCGCCAAAUUCCCUUAGCCGUAGACCAUAGCUCCGUGACUCCGUCACCCCUGUUUUACUAAACCGAUAACCCUAAAUUCCGUUAUUUCACUUUUCUUACACCACCCUCUCAACUUCGCGCAAGCUCAGUUAGGGUUGUCUCUUGCUCUCGUUGUGUUUUACUACAAAACCAAUCGCCAGACAUGUCGAAGAGGAAGUUCGGAUUCGAAGGGUUUGGCAUAAACCGCCAAUCAACCUAUAGCUUCGAGCGAUCUCAAGCUCCUCAGCGACUCUACGUUCCUCCCUCGUCGCGGCACGGCCAUGACAAUUACGAAGAUACUGACCUCGACAACAUCGAUUACGACGACAACGAUGGUCCCAGGGAGGAAGAGAACAACGACAAUGGCGGCGACAAGAAGGACGGUAACGACGACGAAGAAAUCGAUCCCCUGGAUGCGUUCAUGGAAGGGAUUCACGAGGAGAUGAAGGCGCCGCCGCCUCCGAAGCCGAAGGAGAAGGCCGAGGACAAGUACAGAGAUGACGAGGAGGACGAUCCGAUGGAGAGCUUUCUGAGGGCGAAAAAGGACCUAGGGUUGACGCUGGCUUCGGAGGCGCUGCAUGCUGGGUAUGAUUCUGACGAGGAGGUUUAUGCUGCUGCCAAGGCUGUGGACGCUGGUUUAAUAGAGUAUGAUUCUGAUGAUAACCCUAUUGUUAUUGACAAGAGGAAAAUUGAGCCCAUACUUCCUUUGGAUCACAGUUCCAUUGAUUAUGAACCCUUUAAUAAGGAUUUUUAUGAGGAGACCCCUUCAACAUCAGGUAUGAGUGAGCAAGAUGUAACUGAAUACCGGAAUAGUUUGGCUAUUCGUGUAUCGGGUUUUGAUGUUCCUAAGCCAAUAAAGACAUUUGAGGAUUGUGGGUUCUCUCCACAAAUUAUGAAUGCUAUAAAAAAACAAGGUUAUGAGAAGCCCACGUCUAUACAAUGCCAAGCUUUACCGGUUGUGCUUUCUGGUAGAGAUAUCAUUGGUAUAGCAAAAACUGGUUCCGGUAAAACUGCUGCUUUUGUGCUUCCAAUGAUCGUGCAUAUCAUGGAUCAGCCUGAACUCCAGAAGGAGGAGGGUCCUAUAGGAGUGAUAUGUGCACCUACUAGAGAAUUAGCACAUCAGAUAUAUCUGGAGUCCAAGAAAUUUGCAAAAUCGUAUGGUAUUCGUGUCUCUGCUGUCUAUGGUGGAAUGUCAAAACUUGAUCAGUUCAAAGAACUCAAGGCAGGCUGUGAGAUAGUUGUUGCUACCCCCGGCAGAUUGAUAGACAUGCUAAAAAUGAAGGCUUUGACAAUGAUGAGAGCAACUUACCUGGUUCUUGAUGAGGCUGACCGGAUGUUUGAUCUUGGAUUUGAGCCACAAGUAAGGUCCAUUGUUGGUCAGAUUAGGCCAGACCGCCAAACUUUACUCUUCUCUGCAACAAUGCCUCGGAAAGUUGAAAAGUUGGCCAGGGAAAUCCUUACUGAUCCUAUUAGAGUAACAGUUGGGGAGGUGGGGAUGGCAAAUGAAGAUAUUACUCAAGUUGUUCACGUAAUUCCUUCUGAUUCUGAGAAAUUGCCGUGGCUUCUGGAGAAGCUGCCUGAAAUGAUUGAUCAAGGUGAUGCCCUCGUAUUUGCUUCCAAGAAGGCCACUGUGGAUGAAAUUGAUUCGCAAUUGGCUCAGAGAGGCUUUAAAGUUGCUGCCUUGCAUGGCGAUAAAGAUCAAGCUUCCCGUAUGGAUAUUUUGCAGAAGUUUAAAUCUGGCAUCUACCAUGUGCUUAUUGCCACUGAUGUUGCUGCUCGAGGUCUUGACAUCAAGUCAAUCAAGUCAGUGGUGAAUUUCGAUAUUGCAAAAGAUAUGGACAUGCAUGUCCAUCGCAUUGGAAGAACAGGCCGUGCUGGUGACAAGGAUGGGGUUGCAUACACUCUUAUAACUCAGAAAGAAGCACGAUUUGCUGGUGAAUUGGUUAAUAGCUUAGUUGCUGCUGGUCAGAAUGUGUCCAUAGAGUUGAUGGAUCUUGCUAUGAAGGAUGGGAGAUUCAGGUCGAAACGUGAUGCAAGAAAAGGAGGUGGUAGAAAAGGCAGAGCUAGAGGAGGAGGUGGCAGCGGCGGCGGCGGAGGUGGCCGAGGUGUGCGUGGAGUAGAUUUUGGCUUGGGCAUUGGAUAUAAUCCAGAGUCAAAUAACGCUUCAUCUAACCAAGUUUCAAGUCGAUCUUCCACUGCAAAUUCUCUACGAACAGGAAUGAUGUCACAAUUUAAGAGCAACUUCGUUGCUGCUUCAUCAAACUCUCAGAAUCAAGGAUUCAGUAACAAUACGAGCAUGGCUGCCAAUAAGAGACCAGCACUCCCUGGCUUUGUAUCUGGUGGAUCAAUUGGUGGGGAUAUAAAUACUCACCAAUAUACUGCUUCAUCCAAUCCUGCUACAUCAGCAGUAAAUUCCACAAGCCAAAGUUCUGGAGGAAAUCCUGGUCAGAAGAGCACAAACAGUUCUAAACCGAAAGAAAGACGAAGGCCAUCAGGUUGGGAUAGAUAGUCUAUCUCAUUAUGGUACUUCUAUCAAAUCUAUGAAUGUUCCUAUAUUAUAGGUCAAGUCUUGAUUUGAAUUUGUUUGUAUUAUGAAUGCUCUAAUUUCCGAUCACGUAUUAUUUUAGCUUCUAAGUUGUAGAAAGGUUUGAGGUUUGUUUGGUUCUAUUUUUAUUUUUAAAAAAAACCAUUUUGCCCACAAACGAAAAGAACAACAAACCCUUAUCCUACGAAGUGUGGUCGAUUACACCAUUUACACAUAUGAAUCAGCGGUAUAGGUUCUGC